CUGUGAUUAUAUUCUUUUUUGUAGUUAACAUAUAAAUAAGUUAUUGUUUUCUGAAGUCAAAAUAUAAUUAUAAUUCGUGUAAAAUAUUAUCAAAUAGAAAAUUAAUAUAAUGGAAGAAUCUAAAGAAUCCAUAGUCAAAAUUAAGGAAAUAAAAUUUAAACCAAAAAAGAAGAACAUAAGGCAAAGAAUAAAAAUUGAAGAUGAGGAUUCUGAAGACGAGGAAUUUAUAUUAGCAAGACUACAGGAGGCAAAAGAAAUACAGAAAUUACGAGAAAGACCGAACGGUGUUAGCAUCGUCGCUCUAGCAACAGGACAAAAAUCUUCGUUAGUUGAAGAAGUUACUUGUAAGGACCCUUAUAAUAUUAAAGCUGGUGGUAUGGUGAAUAUGCAGGCUUUGAAAAGUGGGAAAGUUAAGCAGGUUGAUGAUGCAUACGACACUGGCAUUGGAACGCAAUUUUCUGCUGAAACAAAUAAACGUGAUGAAGAUGAAGAAAUGAUGAAAUACAUAGAAGAGCAGUUAGCCAAGCGAAAAGAAGGAAAUGAUGAUAACAAAAAAGAUAAUGAUGAUGGUGAGGCACUGAAAUACUUAGCACCCGAGGAAGCAGCUUUGCUCUCGCUACCAGAACACUUACGUGCAUCUGCUGCACAUAGAUCUGAAGAGAUGUUGUCUAACCAAAUGCUAAGUGGUAUUCCGGAAGUAGAUCUUGGUAUUGAUGCGAAAAUAAAAAACAUUGAAGCAACUGAAGAAGCUAAAAUGAAACUUUUGUGGGAAAGGCAUAACAAAAAAGAUGGACCAUCACAAUUUGUACCUACAAAUAUGGCAGUCAACUUUGUUCAACAUAAUAGAUUUAAUUUAGAUAGUGCUAAUUCUAAGAAAAGAAAAGUUGAAAAACCAGAAAGUAAAAAGGUAGAACCAAAUGUGAUUGAUGAAAGUGUUAAUAAAAUUGUUAAGAAAGCAAAGGGUGAAAGAGCUACAGAUGAUUAUCAUUAUGAGAAAUUUAGGAAACAGUUUAGAAGAUAUUAAAGAUAGUGUUAUUUUAAUUUAAAUAAGACUAAUGAACAAGCGGAUGAAGUUUUAUAUUCAUAUAAAUGGUGAGUAAAACCAGUGGUGUUCGGUGGGUUUUGGCAGCCCCCCUAAUUUAAUUAUUAGUUUAAAUGAUUAAUAAUACUUUAUUUAACAGACCUCAUGUACACUGUACAAAUUAUUGAAAGCCAAGAUAACUGCCUGGGAAGAAACAGACAUCCAUUGGAAGAAAAGGCGAAAGAAAUCCACUGGAAGAUUAUCUUUUAAAAUGUGAGAAUGUUUGCAAUGCAUAACUUUAUUAAUUUUGUACUAGAUACAUACAACAAUAAAUAAUAACAAGUAUUUAAGUAUUUAUUUGCCAAUUAACUGUACGAUAGGAUCUUAAAUUAUAUUUAGUUGUAGGUCUUUCAUGAAAUAUAGAAUUUGUAUCAACAGUAUAUAAACUUUAUUAGUAUAGUUACAAAUAUUACUACACUUUCAACAACAGCGUCAGUACAACUGCUACGACAAGAGCGUAGAGCCGCUCCGGAAGGGUGGUAAUAAUUUAGUGAUGGACAUAAAAAAACCAUCGAUGUUUUUUUCGAUUUAAUGCAUCGGAUAGUGGUAUCGAUGUAAUAUCGAUAUAUAAAAAAAUACAUUGAUGUUAUUCAAACAUCGAUUGUUUU